CGCCGUAGCGGUUAGUCAUCAUUCCCGAGGCCUCCUUUCACUUCCUGGACUCGGAACCGGAGGCUUCGCGGGCGCGCGCACAGACGGGCUUACCUAGGCCACAAGGCUCCCGGGGCGCAGGGCCCCGAAGACGCGCGCGGUCACGUGACACGGGGCCGGGGGCGUGCUUUUCCUGCCUCGCGCGCUCCCGUGCGCGUUCCCGGGGCGGGGGGUGGGCCGCGGUCGGGCGUACGGGCCGGUGAGGAGCCGGAUCCUCAGACGAGGCUUCGGACGAGCCGGUGGUUCCCCGGGGCCGCGAGGCCGGAAGACGAGGAGGGCGGGGCCGGCCGUGGGGCCGCGGCGACGCCACACGGAGCGAGCGAGCGAGCGCCCGGGCCUGCGGGGAGCGAUGCUGUGGUUCCAAGGCACCAUCCCGGCGGCCAUCGCGUCCGCCAAGAGGAGCGGCGCGGUCUUCGUGGUGUUCGUGGCAGGUGAUGAUGAGCAGUCUACACAGAUGGCUGCAAGCUGGGAAGAUGAGAAAGUGACAGAAGCAUCUUCAAACAAUUUUGUGGCUAUUAAAAUUGAUACUAAAAGUGAAGCCUGUCUGCAAUUUUCACAAAUCUAUCCUGUAGUCUGUGUUCCAUCCAGUUUCUUUAUAGGAGACAGUGGAAUCCCUUUGGAAGUAAUAGCAGGGAGUGUUUCUGCAGAUGAACUUGUUACAAGAAUUCACAAAGUCCAGCAAAUGCAUUCAUCAAAAGGUGAAACAUCGGUUACAAAUGACAACCAGUCAGAAAGUUCAGUAUCUACCCCAUCUGCCUCAUUUGAACCUAAUGACGUAUGUGAAAAUGCUGAGUCCAGACAGCUUUGUAAGACACCAGCUGCUUCAGACACAAAGUCAGAUACUGCAGCAGGAGGAGAAUGCUCAGGUUGUGACAACCCCUCCCAGGAACCUCAUGGAUGUUCAAACCAGAGACCAGCAGAGGAUCUCACUGUUAGAGUGGAAAGACUCACAAAAAAACUUGAAGAAAGGAGAGAAGAGAAAAGGAAGGAAGAAGAACAGAGAGAGAUUAAGAAGGAAAUUGAAAGGAGAAAGACUGGAAAGGAAAUGUUGGAUUAUAAAAGAAGACAAGAAGAGGAAUUGACAAAAAGAAUGUUAGAGGAAAGAAGCCGAGAGAAGGCAGAGGACAGAGCGGCUCGAGAGCGCAUCAAGCAGCAGAUUGCACUGGAUCGUGCAGAAAGAGCUGCUCGUUUUGCAAAGACAAAGGAAGUAGAGGCUGCGAAAGCUGCUGCCUUGCUGGCCAGACAGGCAGAAGCAGAAGUCAAGAGGGAGGCUUCUGCUCGAGAUCGAAGCACUGUUGCAAGAAUUCAGUUCCGGUUGCCCGAUGGUUCUUCCUUUACAAAUCAGUUUCCUUCUGAUGCUCCGUUAGAAGAAGCAAGGCAGUUUGCUGCACAGACUGUUGGCAACACCUAUGGUAAUUUUUCGCUGGCUACCAUGUUUCCCAGGAGGGAGUUCACCAAAGAAGACUAUAAGAGAAAGCUGCUGGAUCUGGAGCUCGCCCCCAGUGCCUCCGUGGUGCUGCUGCCAGCCGGACGGCCAGCCACAUCCAUUGUCCACUCUUCCAGUAGAGACAUUUGGACAUUACUGGGAACGGUGCUUUAUCCAUUCCUGGCCAUAUGGAGACUAAUUAGCAAUUUUUUAUUUAGUAAUCCUCCUGCACAGACUUCAGCAAGAGCCACACCCACAGAGCCUUCCAACCCUGCAUCAUCCAAGUCAGAGAAAAGGGAGCCAGUCCGAAAAAGAGUGCUGGAGAAGCGUGGGGAGGACUUUAAGAAGGAAGGGAAGAUAUACAGACUGAGGACUCCGGACGAGGGCGAAGAUGAGAACAACACUUGGAAUGGGAACUCCACGCAGCAGAUGUAGAUGGCAGGCACAGUGGGACAUCUUCACUGCUUCCCCGGAGUCCUCUCCAGCUUCCGCUGGACAAGGGGUCUGCUUCUGUUUUCACACCAUGGAUAUACUCUUUAUUUCUGCUUAGAGGUUAGGAGUUAAUGUUGUUUAACCUGAAAAAGUCAAAAUAGGAACUAGCUGGAUGCUAGGUCCUUGUGUAGGCUAACCAGCUGCUCACCCAGCCACCUACCAGUUCCUGCUCAAACUUUACAGCCCAGUGUUUCAUUUAGAAUACUUUUUGCUGCAAGACUUUUAAGCCACACAAAGUAACAGGUAUGUCACUGGGUAGUCUGACUCUAGAGCUCUUCCACUAGCUGUCAGGCGAUAAUGAUGGUUACAUUUCUCUUUGCACUCAGCGGCUGCAAACAAAAUCUUGUAGUUUUUGAUCUUACUUAAACCUUGAAUAAAAAUGUUUUUCCAAAAAUGA